GAAGUAUAUAAGUCUGUAGUUAUUAGUUAUUGACGUUUGUCAUAACCUCAAUUUGAAAAUUAAAUUCAAAAUGAGGCUCACAUUAGCACUUUUAAGGAAAAAAAUGCCUAAUGGGCAUAUUUAUCGAGGUAAAUAUCGAAUAGUACCACCAACAACUGGAAAACAUAUAGCUCAAAAAAGAAUUGAUUAUGAAAUUGAAGAAAAAAAUAUGUUAUAUUUGAGACAUCCUUUUUUAACGCCCGAACAAUCAUUUGGACACGCCAAAGCCCUUGGAAAGAGUGAACAACGUAUGGAACGUUUGAAAGCCGCACGAUUAGAAGAUUAUUUCAAAAAACCUCAUGUACGCUUAGAAGAUCGAUUAGCGCAUUUAAGAGUAACAGAUUCAUGGGAAUAAAAAAAAUAAUUAUGUGGUCUGUUUAUAAUCUGUAUUAUAG